AUGAAAUAUUGAAGCUGUUUGGCAAGCAGACUCCGGCCACUGCUUUCUACUACCAUAGCACUAAACUCUAACCAAGACUCCAACGUGGAUUCUUCUGAUCACUGCGUAUAACAUGUUCGCAAGCUUCGAAGUACCACCAACUUUUCAUUUAAUAUACGGUUACAGGCGUGUUCAUGUAGAUCGAGGCCUGCCAACUGCCUUGCCUUGCAUCAGAACGCGGUACUAAGGGCUGAGAGCAUUUCGUUUGAAAGUUGAGCAAAAAGGAUCAAAAACAGCCCUUCCGCAGUACUUCUGACAACGAGUGAACGCCAGCUAAGAACAGGAAAACACCACUACAGGGCCGGAGACACGCCGAACAAACUACCUCGAUUUUCGCGACUGGAACUGCUCCACUCCCUGUACGACAACAACCAUGGUGUCUUGCUUUUUAAGGAGUGCGCAACCAGGCAAAUGGGGAGCCUUAAUGGAGAGGGCGCUGGUGUUGCUGUCGUUCUUGGUGGUCCAGGGGGGACUCUGCGAGGGGUAUAUAGUGGGGGCCCUUGGGGACGAACAUAGAGUUUUCCACGAAGGCACAGGCCCUGCAGUUUUUGACUUUGAUGCUCUCGCGUCGCCUGCACACUACUUCGGCGGGCGCAAGCUGGUCACGUCCUACACAUGCGAGCGCGCGCCCUCGGGAACCUGCCCCUCCAAUCUCUACACGGGCUGCUGCAAUGCAACUGGCACCUGCGCGGGCAUUUACGUCAACAGGAACUGUAACAUCGGCCUGCCCUGUGCCGCCGGCUUGGCCUUCUCGUGCUGCACGGACUUCCAACACUACUUCUUCUGCCCCGUUGGCGCGGGCGCGUGCCAGGCCCCCGCCGCGGGCUUCCCGUCCCCAACUUGUGGCAACGGAUCGGUGUACUCGGGGACCCCCUACGGCGCCUGCUGCGUACCAGACCAGACCGGUGGAACUUGCGGCGCUGGGCCGUAUAAGAACGUUGCUGGGAGCUGCAACUGCCCGACCAACAGCCCCUGGGGUUCGUGCUGCUCCGAAGCCGUUGUCGAUACGUACGUUUGCGCGUCGGCGUCGGACCCCGGUGUCCCUGCCGGUGCGCCCACAUCUACUCCGCUCCCAAUAACCCUCGCUAGGCCCUCUGGCGGCUCCAGUCCGGCGGUGCCCAUUGCUGCGGGCGUUGGGUUAGGGUUUCUGGUUUGGUUGCUCGGGGUCUACUAAUCCUAGGGCACACAGCUGUUAGGGCACACAAGAGUUACCAGUAUCGCAACAGGGCUUCGUGAGGCGAGGUCACGGGUCGAGAACGCGAGUUCACCGUUACCAUGGCAACGUGCUUUGUGGCCUGGUGUAGCAAGUACAUUACAGCUGGCAGAGCAUGGGCCAAAUGUUGGAUUGGUCCAAUGAGUGGAUGUUGGAUCCAUCUUUUCUUCCAUGGAUAUUUUCUACCAGUCAGGAUGUUGCACGUGACUUGGAUACAAAGUCUGAACAACAACAGUUGCUCAAAGCACACGGUGUCUGCUUACAAACAUCUAAGGUAGUGACGGCAAAAGCCACGAAGACGGAUCCGAGUCUCUUGCAGACUUCGAAGUGUGCAGACAAAGCUUGACGGUAGACUACACAUUGAUCAAACCGUAGCUCUGUGGGUAGAUUAUACGGUGGGGUGCCUGUUCAGUGUAAAUUAUCACACGUGAGACUGUUCGUAGAGCUUUCUGGUAUGAGUAAAGGUGGUUGUGACGGGGGUCGGAUGGAAUGAGAGGGUUUCCGGGGGAGCUCCGUAUAGAGCACCCCUCGUCCCCUCGACAGAGGUCCUGCCUCUGUAGUGGGGGGCGCCCCAGAUCGAUCCGUUGUGUAACCGUGUGCAGAAUGCUGGCUUGUAUAUGCACUGUUUGUCCUGAUUCUUUGUGGGCGAAAGACAAAGACUCGAAAUCGCUUCCGG